GAUUCUACACCAUGUUGGCCCCAAAAACCUCAAGGCAAAUGUAAUGAGUGAACUGGAUGCAGUGAUUUGCAGUCAUCUGCAUGCUUGGGCUAGACAUGGAACUGUGGACUUGAAAGAAGUAACCUCAAAUAUGUUAUUUGACUAUGCUGCUAAGCAGUUGAUGAGUUAUGAUGAGUUGAAGACACCCUUGAAAUUGGCAGAGAAUUUCAAAGCUUUUAUCUAUGGUCUCCUCUCUUUUCCUCUUGACAUCCCUGGCACUGCAUAUCAUGCUUGUCUCCAGGGACGUAAAAAUGCUACAAAGAUAAUUACGGAUAUCUACAACGAUAGGAAAGCAUCAAAGAUUCGUCGUGGUGAUUUCUUAGAUCAUUUGCUUGAGGAAGUAGAGAGUGAAAAGUCUUUUUUGAAUGAAUCAGCUGCCAUUGACUUGGUCUUGGUGCUUCUGUUUGCUUAUCAUGAAACUACUUCGACGUGCUGGCUGAACUAACG